GCCGCGCAACGCCAGGUUGCACUUUCUGGAUGGCCCAGAUGGACGAGUAACAACUGACGCACUUUCGCAACACAUCUCGCUUCGCUCCCCAGCAAUGGCGGCCCCAAGUCGAUGGGGAUCCUUUCUCCAGCAGGCCGUGGCCGGAGUCGAGGCCCGCCUCGACAACAUUCUCGCUGACAAGGAGGACGGCGAUGCUGGACCGCAGAGGGAAUCCAAACAAGCUGCCCCAGCGUCGCCGGCCAAACAAAGUUCUGUCGGCCCUUCCAGGACCUCCUCGACCACUCGCACCAAUGACCGACUUCAAGAGCGGCUGGCGAAAGCCAUGGCUGCCAAAGCGGCAACGCGCCCGUCCGGAUCCGCCCAUGGGAGUCCGCGUCAGAGCCUCGAUACGUCCGGCCGCAACUCGACUGACAGUGUAGACCGCCCGGGGCCGACAGUGAAGGAGCUCGCAAAGGGAACACCUUCUCCGCGUGCUUCUCAAGACCUUGCAAGGACGUCGCAUGACGACAGCGCACCACAGGCACUUGAGGAGAGGCUUCCGGUCAAUGGGGCGAAGGAGGACCAGGAGCCAACAGAGGAGUCCAACGGCGCACGAGUCUCAGCAGACAUUGUACCUGCUGUCACCUCGCCCCCCGAGCGCAUACCAGCCAUGGUAGCCCCGGAACCCCUCACGGAAGCCGAAGAAGUGAAAACGACCCCCACACCGAAUGACGUUGGCGACCGCGAGCCGGAAAAGGACGGCGGCAGUACCCUCGACCACACCCAGCUGCAGCACCAGGAGGAGAUCCACGGAUACGUGGAACGAAUAGACGCCCUCGAAGCCAAGCUCCAGUUUCUUGCACGGGAGGCGACCGAGUCGGCAAGGAAGGCCGCGUUGGCUGCCCCUGCGGGAAGCAUCGAGAAGAAGCUGGCUGAAAAAGACCAGCAGAUUGCGCAGCUGGUGGAGGAGGGCAAAAGCCUGGCGAGCACAGACCACAAGCACCGCGCGCUUGUGAAGAAGCUGCGCGCUACCAUCGCUGAGAACGAGAAGGAAUUGGGCGUCCUCAGAAUAGCCAAGGACAAGUCCGCCAGGGAGAUCGAAAGCCUGCGCAGCCGCGCCCGGCGGGCCGACGAGCUGGAGAAGAUACACGACGGCAUGCAGAAACGGCUAGACCAGACGCAGAAGGAGCUAGGCGCCGUACGAUCAGAAGUCCGGUCCAAAGACAGCACCAUCGCCGAGCUCCGAAACCAGCUGCAAGUGGCCACGGAGCAGGCGGACGCCAUGGCCGCCAAGGUGAACGAGCAAGCGCGGGAGCAAGAUAAGCGGCGAAUCGAGGAUUUGGAGGAAGAGGUGGCUGCCCUCAAAGUUGAAAAGAAUCUGAUCGCCGACCGCGCGAAGGCGCAAGCCACGGAGCUACGGGAGAAGGCUGAACGGGCAACCGAGCGGGCCCGGGCGCUGGAACUCGAGCUCAAGGCCGAGGUGCAGGUGAUGGAGGGCAAGCUGGAAGCGAUGCGGGUGCGGGCCGAGGAGGCGACGUCGGGCGCCGCAGGUGAUUCGCAGGCCAAGCUGCUGCGGCAGAUAGAGACGCUGCAGACGCAAUACUCGAUCGCGAGCGAAAACUGGCAGGGUAUUGAGACGACGCUGCUGGCACGCAUUACUGGGCUGGAGAAGGAGCGGGACGAGGCGUUGCAGCGGGAAUCGGAGAUGCGAAGGAAAGCGAGGGAAGCGGCCGUCCGUGCAAAGCGGCAGGAAGAGGAACUGGAGGAAGCCAAGACCAAGAUACCCACUAUCCAGGAAAACGUGAAAUCCUACCAGAACAAGCUUGACUCGCUCACGAAACGGGCCGAAGAAGCGGAAGCAGCACUAGCCAAAGCCAAGGCCGAGUUUGAGAAGCAAAAGCAGUCAUGGGAAGCCGAGAGAGAGGAACGCCAGCUCCGAGAGCCGCCGGAGCGUCCCCGGUCCUGGCUGGAAGGCCUCCCCGGCGGCUCGUUCCUCAAGCCCGAAAGCCGGCCGGCCUCGCCACAGCUGACGAACCCCCAACGAACCUUCAGCACCGACUUCCUCGGCAUCUCGACUCUCACCAGCAAAGCCCGCAAGAUCUCAGCCCCCUCCAGCAACAGCGACGCCGGCGUUGUCGGCCUCGAAUCGCGCAUGCCCUUCUCCCGACGCCCGUCUGCGCAGCCCCCGGCCCGACCAAGCCUGCCUUCCCAACCACCAGCAAGCAACAUCUUCAGCCCGCUCUCCGUCUUCAGCCCUACCUCCGAAGCGCCGUCCCUUCCCGGCGGCAAUCCACUGGACAGGGAAGUCCAGCGCGGCGAGGACGCCUUCGAGGGCGGUGCCGAGACGUCGUCGUCGCCGCCGCAGAACGUCCUGCAGGACAUGGUCUCGGUGUCGACCGUCGCCGCCGGCCCGUCGGUGCAGCUGAUCGAGCGCAUGAGCGCGGCGGUGCGCCGGCUCGAGAGCGAAAAGGUGGCGGCGCGGGAGGAGCUGGCCAGGAUAUCGCGGCAGCGGGACGACGCGCGGGCCGAGAUCGUGGCGCUCAUGCGGGAGGUGGAGAACGGCAAGGCGGCGGUGAAGAAGGCGGAGGCGCUCGAGGCCGAGGUGGCCGAGGUGAGGCAGCGGUACGAGACUACGCUGGAGCUGUUGGGGGAGAAGAGCGAGCUUGUCGAUGAGCUCAGACAGGAUGUGGAAGACGUGAAGGCCAUGUACAGGGAUUUGGUGGAGAGGACGAUCAAGUGAGGACCGAAGAGGGCGAGUGAAAGACCGGUAUUCUUGACAGACAAAAAAGGACAAUUUUACCUUUCCAGGUAACGAUAUCUGCGCGGCAGCAAUAUUGUGUGCAUGAGAUGUCAUCAAUCAAGCCGGGGUUGAUUGUGCUAUGCCUCUCUAUCCUGGCUCAGCGACCUCCCAUCAAUGACCAGAAACCCACGAUUGACCACCACCGAACGUGGGGAGCCAUUUACAGCUCGAUGCCCUCCUCCUCGGCCUUC